AUGCCCAUAGUGCUUAACAAUUGGAAGUUCAGAGAGUGUCUGGAGGGUAACGGAGACAAUAGUCCCUGGUACCCUGCUAGAUCGGAUACCAUUGGCAACCAAGUACAUUUGGAUCUCUUGUACAAUGGACUCAUUCCAGAUCCGUUCAUAGAUGAUCACGAAAAAAAUGUACAGUGGGUGGGAAGGACAAAUUGGGAGUAUUGCUCCGUUUUUCAGAAUAGCGAUUGUUUUCGUCUUCUCGUAAUUGAAGGUUUGGACACUUUCGCUAAAGUCUAUGUCAAUGACCAGCUAGUGUUAGAGUCGGCUAACCUGUUCAGAAAAUACGUUUUGGAUAUUGGUGCCUGUCUAAAUUCCAGUGCCAAUAUUUUAAGAAUCGCUUUCACCAGCAGUCUACAUGAAGGAAGACGUCUCGAAAGGAUUCACGGACUCUCGCCAUGUUGGAAUGGAGAAACGCUGCGGCUCCAUGUUCGAAAACCUCAGUACCAUUAUGGCUGGGAUUGGGGUCCUAUGUUGCUUACUUGCGGACCUUGGAAACCAAUUAGUUUGGUCUCAGGAACAUAUGUUAAAGAUUUCUUUGUCAGGUACCUGUUAAACAAAGACUUGACUCUGGUAGACCUUCUGAUAGAAGUAGAUUUGGAUCUAGCAGACAACGACAAAGGCACUGAUUUGGAGGUAUCUAUUAUUGACCCAAACGGGCAAUUGGUAUAUGUCUACGAAGUCAGCGACAUUAAAAUGUUCAAUCGACUACAUUAUACAAUAGAUAUGCCCCAUUUGUGGAACCCAAGGGGCCAUGGACAACAGGCUCUAUACACUUUUGAGCUCAAAGUCAAUUCUUUAAAGCUUGCAACAAGGAGGGCUGGCUUCAGAAAAGUACAACUUGUUCAAGACAAAGACACUAUUGGUAGAACAUUCUACUUCAAAAUCAAUAAUAAACCUAUCUUUGUAAUGGGAUCCAACUGGAUUCCGGCCCAUUCCUUUACUUCCAUUUUGACUUGCGAAGACUAUCGAAAAUGGCUACAACUAGCCAUCGAUGGAAACCACAAUCUUGUAAGGGUGUGGGGUGGAGGUAUCUAUGAGUCUGACUCCUUCUAUUCUAUAUGUGAUGAACAAGGAAUCCUUGUAUGGCAGGAUCUCAUGUUUGCCUGUGGGAUGUACCCAGCUUAUUCGGAGUUUGUGGACAACGUCAAGGAGGAAUUGACGGACCAAUUAAAACGACUAAGACAGUAUUCUUCAAUAGUUAUCAUAGCAGGAAACAAUGAAGAUUAUCAAGUAGCUGAGGCAAACGGGUUUGAGUUUGGAAUAGAUAAACCCUAUGACAAAUUUCCUGCUAGACUUCUUUAUGAAGAAGUUUUCCCAGAGAUUGUGAGUAGAUUAACAAAUGAUGUUCCAUAUAUUAGAAGCUCGCCGUAUUCUGAUGCUCUUACUAAAACGAGAGAUACCACAAUUGGUGAUUUGCACCAAUGGGAUGUUUGGCAUGGGAAUCAAGAGCCAUAUCAGAACUGGGAUAAGCUCAGUGGUAGGUUUGUAUCUGAGUUUGGAAUGCUCUCAUUUCCCAGUCUUCAAACUCUCGACAAGGCUAUUACCAAGAAGGAAGAGCUAUACCCUGAGUCGUACUUGGUGGAAUACCACAACAAAGCUGGAGGGUCAGAGCGAAGGUUAGCCACGUAUGUCCUAGAGAAUUUUGCAUUGCCUUCUAAAUUUGAUUUGGAUCAUUGGCAAUAUAUUACCCAAGUGAUGCAAGCAGAUUGCCUAAGCCUAGCGUACCGUAACUGGAGACGUAAAUGGAAUAACUAUGAAUGCGGAGGAGCAGUAGUGUGGCAACUUAACGACUGCUGGCCGGCUACCAGUUGGUCCAUAGUCGACUUUCACAAGACUCCCAAACUUGCGUAUUACAGCAUCAAGCGUGAAUGUGCCCCAAUUGGAAUUGCAUGUCGACGCAAUAAAGUCCGAAUCCGGGAUCCAGAAGAGCCUGAGGACUUAUCCGAACAAACACCUUUGCAUGACUUUUCCAAUUACAAGUACAGUUUAGACAUCUGGGCAUUUAGCAACAGAGAACAGGACAAUGUUUCAUUGUCUGUUCUGUUUUAUAGCAGCGAUACAGGUGAACUACAGCUGACAAUCACGAAAUCUGGCAUUUAUUUGAAGAAUAAUGAGAUUUGCAAUAUCUUGAACAAGCACAACUCUGAAUCGCUAGAUGGAAGCACUAUUGUUCAGGCAGUUCUUAAGAAUGACAAGGGCGAGAUAAUACAUCGAAGUAGCGACUGGCCGCAGCCCAUCAAGCACCUCAACUGGAAGAUGUACAAUGAGGAUUUAAGACUUGGUUACAAGGUUAUGCAAGGCAAAAUAAAGUUUUCGACAAACAAGCCUGUCAAGUCUGUCUGCAUAAGCAUGCGGAACAUGGAUAUGCAUGUGUUUAGCGACAAUGGUAUCGACUUGUUUCCUAAUGAUAAUCAGGAGGUGGAAAUAGAAGGACUUGAGCCCGAUGAUCUGACAAUACGAAUACAGCACUUGAAAUAG